GUUAAAGUAAGCCCGUUCUUCAGGUUUCUAUUGGCUUAUUUUUCCGUCUGAUAAAAACACGAGCAUGGGCCCUUCCUAUUUUGUUACUUUUUCUUUUUCUUUCUUUGAACAAAAAUUAUGCAUGCCUUCCUCCUUCAAAGUGUCAGAAGGCAAAAGGUAAUAAAUCAGUCCUUUUCAAAAUAUACCUCUUGCUGUCAUGUCAAAAAGGCACCCGAGCCAAAGAUGACCAGCCUUUCGUUUUGGCAGGAUCCACUUGUUUGGCAACGUACAAGGGUGAACACGUUAAGAUGCUUGAUCGGUUGUACAACAGGGGAUUUUGCUACAAUGUGGUAUCUACAGAUGCAUCAUCCUACACUAUCACCGGCUAUAACGACAGCCGCAUCAAUGAUAGCGGGUAUAUCCACCUCUUUAGCCUUAGAAACUGUUUUACUACAGCGUACGAUGAAAGUGCCUUAUCCAGCGGCAUUCAAAACGGCAAUGGGCAUGAGCUUUGUUUCUAUGCUUGCUAUGGAACUGACAGAGAAUGUGGUUGAUUGGCACCUGAUGGGUGGCCAAGUUGUAUUGAAUGAUCCCAAGUUUUGGAUGGCAGCUGCUGUAAGUGCAGCAGCAGGAUAUGUUGUUCCAUUACCUUACAACUAUUGGAGACUAAAGGCACUUGGUAAAUCAUGUCAUUAAUAAAGAUGAGAAUAUGUGUAGGUUUUAUUUACUAUAAUACAUGAAUAUGAUAUACAAAUACAUAAAUAUGAAAAAGAAGGAGGGGGGGGGGGGGGGGGGUAUACGAUGGAUAACUUAAUGUUGAUAUAAUUGAUGAUGAUUUGCAAGGUUACCAAGAGAAUGGAAUUUCCUAUGACAGGUCUUGCAUCGAACAACCGAUGAUCUACAACGGUUUAUGGCUUGUUGUGUAUAAGUAGACUGUACAGUAGCUAAUGUCAUUAAAUUCUCUUGAGCUUCAUCUAAUGGCCAAUCGUUAUAUUUGAUGUUAUUAGAAGGAAUUGAUGCCAGCAUUUAG